UUCAGUCAGUAACCGUCACUCCAACCACAUCUACUGUUCCCGCCAAGAUAGACAGAGAAACAGAGAAACAGUGAAGAUGGUGUCCCAGUGCAGGCAGAUGUUGGGCUUCUCCCUCUGCAUUAUAGGGUUCCUCGGCAGCAUCGUCAUUUGCGCAUUGCCCCAGUGGAGGGUGAGCGCGUUCAUCGGCGCCAACAUCGUGACGGCGCAGGACUUCUGGGAGGGCCUGUGGAUGAACUGCGUGAUGCAGAGCACGGGUCAGAUGCAGUGCAAGAUCUACGACUCCCUACUGGCCCUGCCGCAGGACCUGCAGGCCGCCCGCGCCCUGGUGGUCGUCGCCAUCAUCAUCUGCGUCUUCGGCAUCCUCCUGGCCAUCUCUGGGGGCAAGUGCACCAACUUCGUGGAGGAUGAGGCGUCCAAGGCCAAGGUGGCGCUGGCCAGUGGAGUGGUCUUCCUCAUCGCCGGUGUCAUGGUGCUCAUCCCCGUGUGCUGGUCGGCCAACACCGUCAUCCAGGACUUCUACAACCCCCUGGUGACCAGCGCCCAGAGGAGGGAGCUGGGCGCCAGCCUCUACAUCGGUCUGCAGAUCCUGGGCAUCGCCCUGGCCUUGUUGGGCUGGGUCGGGGUCAUCCUAGUGUGCGCCCUGCCCAUGUGGCGCGUGACGGCGUUCAUCGGCAACAACAUCAUCACCUCACAGACAAUAUGGGAGGGCAUCUGGAUGAACUGCGUCCACCAGAGCACGGGCCAGAUGCAGUGCAAGGUCUACGACUCCCUGCUGGCGCUGACCUCUGACCUCCAGGCUGCCCGCGCCCUCGUCGUCGUCUCCAUCGUGGUGGGCAUCGUUGGGCUUCUCAUGUCCUUCGCCGGGGGAAAGUGCACCAACUUCAUCGCGGACGAGGCGGGCAAGGCGCGGGCGGGCAUCGCGGCCGGCGUGGUGCUGAUGGUCAGCGGCAUCCUCUGUCUCGUGCCCGUCUCCUGGACUGCCAGCACGAUCAUCCGCGACUUCUACAACCCCCUGCUGAACGACGCCCAGCGUCGGGAACUCGGGGGUGCGCUGUACGUGGGCUGGGGGGCGGGGCUCCUCCUGGUGCUCGGCGGGGCGCUCCUGUGCACCUCCUGCCCCCCCAGAGAUGUCAAAGGUCUCGCCACGUCACUCAGGUACUUCCCUGUGAAGACCCCCAAACCGUCCAGCCAGUCGGAUUCAGUGCCCAGCCACAAACCUCCAACGCCACGCUCCCUCACGCCAACCAAGACCUACAUCUGAGACUGCAGGAGCACCUUUGGAGUGCCCGAUAGGUGCCGUGUGCCACGCCGCCACCAUGGCAUCACUGAUGCACUCAGGGAACCUGCGUCAUCUCUGCAAUGCUGUUACUGUUUCUGUCUGUGGACUCUACUCUGAAGCAGCAUGGCAUGGCUUAGCACAUGUGUAACUGACUGUAGCCUUUCAUGCCAUAGAGUUUAGUGAAGGAGAAGGUGAAAUGAAGGCUGUACAUAUGUGUGAUUGAUUAUUACUAUUCUUCUGCUGAGCACUUUCCUCCUCUCUGACAACAAAUCUCUGAUGUUUGUAAAUAGAUUUCUAAUCUUUUGAAGACAGAUGAAGGAAAAGGUCAAAUGAAGGCUGAGUUUCUGUGACUGUAUAAUUCAGUUUGUAAAUGUGUUUUUAUAGACCCUUUCAAUCUGUUCCUAGAAGAGUGUCUUGUCCCUUUGAAAAGUACAAGAAACACUUUCAUUUUUUUAGAAAGGCAGGACUAAAUUGCACUGAAACUUAACACUGAAAUGAAUUAGAGUGAUAUUGUUCUGAUAGUUGUUUGAUUAUUUCAGCUUAGCUUGCUGAAGUUUGAUUGUAUCAACAGUUUGUUACCCAACAUAAGACAUUUUACCAUAUUUUUAUAUAUAUUUAGAAACAAGUGGUGUCUGAUGAUCAACCAAUUGCUGUGUAAUUGUGAGUAAACAGAGCUGAAAGAGGUCUGUGUGUGAAAGCAAAACUCUGUUCUCACAGUCGGAAAGACAGGCUCAAGUUACCAGGCUUUCACCUGCAGCCACUCCCCCGCAGCAUUCUGGUUUCACCAGGAAACUAAAGAAUAACAUCCCGAGAGCCAACCCUAGGCCCUGAUAAAUACCCUGCAUUGUUUAAACAUGGCAUUCGUGAACCUUUAAAACAACAGUCUUGGUUUUCAAAAAAUGCUUUGUGGGUCAACUCUGGCCCAGUAGAUGCCCAGGUCCAGCAUUGUCUGUGCUAUCUAGACAAGAUCUCUUUGGUUCUUUAUGACCGUACUUAAGACAACUAAAAGCCUGAUAUGUGUGGUAGUAAUGUGGUUUGGCAUGUUAGGGAGGGGAAGACAUUAGGUCUUUUGUGUGAUGCAGUUUUGUUUUUGCAAAUUGUGUUCUGUCUGUAACAACUGCAACAUUAUUAACUGUGUUUACAACGAAAGUAUAAUACAUUUUGUACUUUCA